ACUAUCUCAACGUGAGUUUGUUACGGUGGCAUCGGGCUCGUUGCUUGAUUGCUCUUCACUCACUCACACUGUAUUAGAGAUCAUCUCACAGGGUUUUGUCGGCGCGGAGGAGUCGCGUGGCGUCCACUAACCCACACACGGACAUUUCGACUUCACAAACACCUUCCCCGGUCAUUAGGACUAAUAAGGACAAAAGGACGGAGGAGUUCCACCGUGGGAAUGACGGAGCCGCAGACAAACGCUUGGCACUAAUCUCGGCCAUUGACUGACACAUAAAGCAAGCAAGGGCGAAACAUCUUAAAACUGGCUGGCGUUGAGAGCAGCCUGAGGACUGAGGCUUGGGUCUCGAAAGGAUUCAGCUCUGAAUGCUUGCAUAUCUCAGGGUUUAUUGUGUGCAUGCGUGUAGUUUUAAUGUAUCCAAACAAUAGGCAGUUUGGAGAGGGGAAGUAGGAGCUUGUAAUACACGCUUCCCUUGUGUUUGCCAGCCAGCCGGUAGGCAUAGGGAAGCUGAAGUCCUGUUUUAUACAGCUGGACACUUCUGAAGCGUUUUAAAUUAUUAGCUCUUUACCGAUCCACGUUGAAUAAGUAAACCCCUCGUUUUACUUAACAAUUAGCUUUGGGGUUCUCUCCAGGGACUGCUAGUUAGUCGUUUUUAGCUCCAUAUCACUGGAUGAAGGACGAUAGAUGUGCAUUUUCCAGGGAAGAGCAGCUUUAUGUGUGACUUUAUAGUCUAAUGAUUUUGUUUAAGCACUGACAGAAGUUUUAAACUUCCUGCUUUAGUUUCUCUCGGCUCGGGGUGUUAUUGUCAUAAAGAUUAUGGCAGCCGUUGUGAAUUACUCUCCUCCGUGGUGGGUUAACCUUCUCCACAGACUGCCUCACUUUAAUCUGCAAUUUGAACAAACCAGCAGUGAUUUUCGACCGGAGGACUCAUCUUACCAGCAGUCUAUCCUGCUGCUGGGCAGUGUAGCUCUGGCAUGCUUGGCCUUGGACCUCCUCUUCCUCCUCAUCUACUCCUGCUGGCUGUGCUGCCGCCGUAAGAAGAGCGAUGAGCAGACAAACGCAGACUGCUGCUGCACCGCCUGGUGUGUCAUCAUUGCCACCCUCGUCUGCAGCGCUGGCAUUGCUGUUGGUUUCUACGGGAAUGGCGAAACCUGUGAUGGCGUGAAUCGGCUUACCUACUCCCUCCGCCAUGCCAAUCGCACCGUGUCAGGAGUGGACAGACUGGUGUCAGAAAGUACAUCAGCUCAGAGCCAGACUGUGGACGAGAACCUUCGGCUACUAAAGGACCAGUAUGCAAAGCACACAGACUACCUGUCCAUCGUACAGAAACUCCAGGAUCAGCGGAGUGAGCUUGUUCGUCAGAUGACUGCCAUUCCCUUUUGGAGCGAUCUCAGCAUCUCCCUGGAGGAUCUGGCAACCCAGAUUGAACUAUAUGACUGGUACCGGUGGCUGGGCUACCUGGGUCUGCUGCUGUUUGAUGUGCUCAUUUGCCUGCUGGUGCUCUUCGGCCUUAUCCGCAACUCCAAAGGAACUCUGAUUGGGGUGUGUUUUCUGGGUGUGUUGGCGCUGGUAAUCAGCUGGGGCUCACUGGGUCUGGAACUAACUGUCUCCUCGGGCUUCAGUGACUUCUGUGCGGCGCCUGACAUGUACAUGACCAAGGUGUCAGAGCAGUAUAUGCUUAUCAAGAAAGAUAUCCUGCAGUAUUACCUCACAUGUAACGUGGGUCAGGUCAACCCCUUCCAACAGAAGCUGUCAGGAAGUCACAAAGCACUGGUGGAAAUGCAGGACGAUGUGUCAGAACUACUGUGCUCUGCAGUCCGGGAAUACCCCAAAACAAAGGGAAACCUUGAGCAAAUUCAGGGGGGUUUGAACACCACUGAAGUCGGACUGCACCAGCUCACUGCUCUUGUGGACUGCCGCAGUUUGCACGUGGAUUAUGUGCAGGCAUUGACUGGAGUGUGUUAUGAUGGACUGGAGGGUCUGAUCUACCUGGUGCUGUUCUCAUUCAUCACAGCUCUCAUGUUCACCUCUGUCGUCUGCAGUGUGCCACACACAUGGCAUGGCAAAAGGCCUGAUGAGGACAGUGAGGAGGAGUCCAUGGCUCAUGGAGGCAGACAGAAUCAUGAUAACCUGUACCGGGUGCACAUGCCCAGUCUCUACAGCUGUGGCAGCAGCUACGGCAGCAGCUACGGCAGCGAGACCAGCAUCCCUGCAGGAGCACACACUGUCAGCAACGCUCCUGUUACGGAGUACAUGACCCAGAAUGCAAACUUCCAGAACCCUCGCUGUGAGAACACCCCUCUGAUCGGGAGAGAAUCUCCUCCUCCAACUUACACAUCCAGCAUGAGGGCCAAGUACCUGGCCAACACCCGGCCCGACCCCAACAGCAGCACCUCCGCAAACUAGAGGAACACCGUCUUCUUUCCCUUCAGUCUAAAGCUCCCACUCACCCACAUGUUGUUCCCACAGCCCAGACCGGUUUCACCCCAGGCCCACCCAUCCAGCCAUGUUGAUCUUUGAUGUGUGCUCUCCAACCCAGCUGAUAAAGGAUGUCCCUGCAUCAUGUAAAUACUGCUGUCAGAGCAAUGUUCCAGAGGCCUCUUGUGCUAUUUCCAGAUGGCCGGUUCAGUUCAGGCAGCUAGUAGGGUUACUCUCAGCCCUGAGUGCUUGUGUGUGAGCGUCUGUAAUGAGUAUGAACUUCAUUACCUACAGAUGCAUUGAGUGACCUGUGUGUGUUGAUCCAAGCUGCCCUUGCUCAUUUGUGGUGCUCUUGCCAGAGGUCCAGAAAUGGUCCAGAACUGAAGAACUGGACUGGGUUUAACGCCCAUAACCCUACAUUCCUGCGUAGCCUCUGUCCUCUGGUCAUUUGAAGUAAUGUGACCUUCUCCAUUUGCAGGACCUACUGCCACAUCCCGACUCUACCGUUUACAUCAGUGGCAUCUACUGUAAUAUAACUGAACCGAUCUAAUCUGAACAGCGUGAGAGCAAUGAGAAUUUUCCCAGAAUUCAGUAACUGGGUUCCACUUGUUUAGGCUAGCCAUUGAGUGUACAUCAGUUGCGGUGAAUUAUGGAAGUGAGUGUACUUGAUUAUGUUCACUAUAGUUUCGGACACCAAAUAGUGCACUAUAUUUCAGACACAGCCCAAGUUUCUCGUCAAAAAGUUGCUUUUUCAUGACUAAUGGACCUUAAAGAUAAAAAUCUGACUGUGGAAGUUUAUGGACAUGCUUGCUUUAGCAAACAUGUUGCGUUACGGAUUCCAGUGUAAUGCAUGAAAUCAAGCUUGAGUUAGCUAGCUUUUGCAUUUUUGUACUUGUGUAUAGUAUGUUUCAGGCCUAAAUCUGUAGCAUACGCUGGUUGUGAGGAGAAGAUAUUCUUGGAUUUUUCAUCUCGUUUACAGGCUUGAGUUUUCAGUGAGAAAUUAUGGUUUGUAGAUGUUUACCUAUUGAAAUUCUUGUUGGGUCCUUCUCAAUACACAUGGACUGAAUUAAACCAACUACUCAUUUAACUGGGCUGUAUCCACUGCCAUUACUGGAAAACCUGGACAAGCAGAGCUGGACAAACCAACCUAACAAAGAGGAAGUUGAGGAAAACCUCAUCAGAUUGUUGACCAAACCUGGAUUUUGACCAAACGCUGAUGAUCUGGUCAACCUCAAACUGCUUUUAUAUCCAAGAACUUUCAGUCUGAAUUCAACAGAACUCUAAAAUUGUUUAGUCUGAUGCUGGGAUCGCAUCUGAACAUUACAUUUGUCCUAAUACUGUUCAAACAUGGAGACACUGGGACCAGCUUGCACAAUUUGUCAUGGCUUAUCUGUUCUAGGAAAGAAGCUGGGAGAAGUUCAUUGUAGUGUACACAAUGUAAACUUAACAUUUGGACCUUAAUUUUGCUGAUCAGUUUAGUCCUCAGGAAAGGGGACACCAAUAUGGCAGGAAGUAAAGUCAUCAGUGUCCUGUCUUUUUGUUUUGUUUUUUCAUUCAAAGAAAUGGAAGAGAGCCGCAAGCCUCGGUAAAUUGUGCUGUAAUUCAAUGUGACUUUCAAAGCCCGCAAUUUCCUGGCCUUGUUGCUUCUGUACCACAAAUUGCUUUCAUUCCCAGAGUUGAGGGGAAACUUGCCAUCCCUGAAGAGGACGUAAAAGUGAUGUGCUGUCAUCCAGAAUAUUUUCCCCUUGAUGAGAGCACAGACACACAGGAGGCUAGCAUCCGAUCAGGGUGAACUCCCUUUCUCCUCAAGAGACCUCUCUCUGAUGUUAUAGACUGAGUCUAGUAUGAACACGUCUCUCCUCUGGACCUUAUAAAGUGGUGCCAAUGUUCUCAUAUCAUGGGCAUCUUUGGUCCCACCUUCACACACACCUCAUACUGCCAACAUCUCAACUUCAGGACACCAAGUCCAGGUCAUAUCCUUACCAUUACAGGGCUCAACAAAAAGCAUUCAAAAAUGCUGCAUUUUCAUGAUCCACGUGCUCUAAAUUCAUAAUGAUAAAGGUUCAUAAUUCAUGAAGAAUAGAUAAAGCAUUGGUGUUUCAUUCUUAUUGUUGAGCCCUGAUUUCCAUCUCACAGAGAUCUGUGUGGGCUCUGCAUGCUGUUUAAAUGCGGACUGAUAACAAAUGCUAAUGUGACAGCGUUGCUCCUGAGGUCCCAGACUUUUAUGAAAACAUUCAAGCACUUUGUGGGGAAGGGGUGUAUUACAGCUAUAAGCAAACAGAGCCUUGGAUUGUGUUCGUCAGCUAUUAUUGGACCAUGUGAGUUCUUUUGCUUCUCAAAGGCAUGGUCGUCCUAUAAACAUUUAGUAGAACCAUGUUGUGUGCUACUGACGCUUGCAUUGGUUUCUCGAUUGAUGCUUUUGUGAUCAAUGAUGAGGUUUGUACGUCCUCAACUGUGCCAAUAACCGACAGCUUUCCUGUAUUUCUAAAUGUUUCGCAUCUUUGAAGCGGACUCUCGUGAGCUCUGUGUGGCCUGAGCAAUCAGAUGAGACACCUGUGAACAUGAGCCUGACGCUGUGGGAGUAUUUUUCUUUUUCUCUGUAAAUUACCACUUUAGUGAUGAUGCAAUCUCUGUUUUUAUGCUUGGUAAUGUCAUACUGCAAAAAUAAUGUAUAUACAGUAUAUUGAACAAAUGUUUGCAAGAAAAUGCCCCAUUAAGGACAUGAAAUUGUGAUAUAGUACAAACAGGAUUUUUUUUGUUUUUUGGUCCUCGUGACAUAUUUUUAGACAUUAGGAAGCACAAAAUAUUUUGUCUCUUUCAUGCGAUUUAAUGAUUUUGGUCUUUUAUCAAGAUGUUUUUAUAUGAUUUCACUGUAGGAUGA